CACCCUUCUCAGGAUCAUUGAUACUACACAAGGCGAGAUCUUGCAUGUAGCCCCAGUCCGAGGGAGAUUGACAUAUUCUACACAUACACAUUUUCUAAUAAUUUCGCCAACAGUUGGAGUCUGAUUGAUUGAGUGUGUGGACAGGUGACUUUUAUACAGCAGUCUUACUAACACCAGGAAGUGAGAAACUACAAUAUAUUAUUAUAGUUAUUGACUGUCAGAAUGUUUAGAAAAAGUCUGUGCUUUUUACCAUAUAAUGAAGAAAGAAGAAGAAAAAGGGAUAUGACUGAAUCUCUGUCAAACCCAAGAAGUAGCAGACGGAACAGCAUGGAAAGACCUGUUGCAUUUGCAGGUGAAUCCAGCAGCCUCCUGAGUGAAGAGCAGUUGCAGUGUUCUAUCUGUCUGGAAGUGUUCACUGAUCCCGUCACCACUCCAUGUGGACACAACUUCUGCAAGAGCUGCAUUACACAAAGCUGGGAUACGAGUGAACACUGCCAUUGUCCAUAUUGUAAUGAGAAAUUCACCAGAAGACCUGAACCCAAGAUUAAUAUAACACUGAGAGAUGUUGCAGAUCACUUCAAGAAAAGAAGCAAAGAGCCUCCUGAGAGUUUGGAGGUUCUCUGUGAUGUCUGCACUGGUGUGAAGCAGAAGGCUGUAAAAUCCUGUCUGGAUUGUGGUGUGACUUUCUGUUCGUCUCAUUUAGAGCCUCAUAUCAAUGUUCCGAGAUAUAAGAAACACAAACUAAUAAACGCAGUGAAGAACCUGGAGAUGUACAUGUGCCAGAAGCACGAGAGACCUCUGGAGCUCUUCUGUAGAGAUGAUCAGAUGUAUCUGUGUCAGUUCUGCACUGAGGGAGAACAUAGGGAUCACAAAGUUAUUCUGUUAGAGGAGAUUCAGCUGCAGCAGAUGAUCCAGGAGCGACUGAAGAAGAUCCAGGAGAUUAAUCGCUCAGUAGAGCUCAGUAAAAGGAACAUGGAGAAAGAGAAAUCAGACAGUGUUGAAGUUUUCACCGCUCUGAUUCGCUCCAUUGAGAGGAGUCAGGCUGAGCUGCUGGAGGUGAUGGAGGAGAAGCAGAAAGCAGCAGAGAAUCAGGCUGAAGGACUCAUUAAAGAGCUGGAGCAGGAAAUCGAGGAUCUACAGAGGAGAGACACUGAGCUGGAGCAGUUCUCACACACUGAAGAUCAUCUCCACCUCCUAAAGAUUUACCCGUCACUGCGCAUCGCUCCACACACCAAGAACUGGUCUGAGAUCAGCAUCAACACUGACCUGAGUGUGGACGCUCUGAGGACGGCUCUGUCUCGGCUUCAGAAGACUCUGAAUGAGAAACUCAGUGUGACUCUGAAUGAGAAGUUGAGAGAAACAGUCUCCACAGAACUGAAGAGGAUUCAGCAGUAUGCAGUGGAUGUGACUCUGGACCCUGAUACAGCUAAUCCCUCUCUUGUCCUCAGUGAUGAAGGAAAACAAGUCAUGCAUGGAGACACAAAGCAGAAUCUCCCAGACACCCCGAAAAGAUUUACAUAUUACACCAUAGUCCUGGGAAAGCAGGGUUUCUCCUCAGGGAGGUUUUACUAUGAGGUGCAGGUCAGAGGGAAGACUGAGUGGAGUUUAGGAGUGGUCAGAGAGUCUGUUAAUAGGAAGGGAAAGAUUGAUUCAUGUAAACCUCAGACUGGAUUCUGGGCUGUGAUUCUGAGGAACGGGAACAAGUAUAAGGCUUCUGAUGAUCCCUGUGUCUCUCUCUCCCUGAGAGAAAAGCCCCAGAAAGUGGGAGUGUUUGUGGAUUAUGAGGAAGGUCUGGUCUCCUUUUAUGAUGUUGAGGCCAGGUCUCAUAUCUACUCUUUCACUGGUCAGACCUUCACUGAGAAACUCUAUCCAUUCUUCAGUCCUUGUGUGAAUGACGGAGGUAAAAACUCAGCACCACUGAUCAUCUCUCGUGUGUUAAAGACCAAACGCUUCACAUAAGCUUAUCUGUAGCGUAAAAGACGACAACGAUUACUUGUUAUUUUCACUAAGUUUAUUCUGAAUAUGAAUUGUAAUGUCUGUAUAUUAAGUGUAUCCGGAGAAUAAAUGUGUUUGCAGUUCAUCCACAGAACCAUAUCACAUCACAUAUUAUAAUAAAAAAAAUAACUUUAA